AUGGCUCAGCACCCAGAGAACCAAGCAGCCUGGCUGAACGCUUCCAAAUCGGCUCUUGAGGUCGGUCCCGCACCAUACACCCACCCCGGACCCGAUCAGCUGGUCAUCCGCAACGCCGCUAUAGGGAUCAAUCCGAUUGACUGGCUCAAGCAGUCUCUCGGCGAAGGCAUUCUCCCUCACAUUCGUUACCCGACCAUCUUUGGUGAAGACAUCGCGGGCACCGUCGUCGCCACUGGCGAAGGUGUCACACGCUUCCAUGUUGGCGACCGUGUGUUUGCUCUAUAUACUAUCGCACGCGAAUGGUUGACUUGCCCUCUACCUGCGAGCAUUAGCUUCGAGCAAGGAUGUGCUCUACCUCUUGCGCUGAUUGUCGCUGGCCUGGGUCUGUUCGGGAAAGAAUACCUUGGCCUCGACCUUCCGACUGUUCUAGCCCGCCCUAAAGACGAAAUUAGACCUGGCGCCAUUAUCAUCGCGGGCGGCGCUUCUGCCGUUGGUGGCACUGCAGUUCAACUCGCCUCCCAAGCAGGGUAUGAAGUUAUCUCCACCUCUUCGCUAAAGAACUUCGAUCUGGUUAAAAGCCUCGCUGUACAUGGUCGCGAACUCGUCGGCGCGUUCUCUCUCGGCGACGGCAUAGCCGAUUACCUGGCCGAUGUGCUAAACAGCCAUGAAGGUCCCGUCAACAAGUUCAUCGCUCGUGCCGAGGGCAAGCACGAUGUUCUAGAAGAAGGAGAUGUCGUGGUUAAGUUCAUUCUCAUCUCGCCACAAGUCAUCGGACCUGACACCCCUCUGAGACCUAUCUUUGAGGAUUAUUUACCAAAGGCUCUGGAUGGACAAUUCGUACCAAGACCAACCCCGGAGGUUGUAGGAAAGGGUCUAGAUCAAAUUCAGAAUGCCAUGGAUGUGCUUCGUAAGGGUGUUUCCGCGAAGAAGAUCGUUGUCCAACUGUAGAGAAUAUGAAGAUGUAUGGAAUACAGUCAUGUAACCCGACGCGGUUCCCCAGGCUAGAGUUGGUGAUGAUGUUGAUCUUGGUCUUGCACGGAAGAAAGUCCUUCAUUUUUGCAAAACAUGAAGUUGCCCAGACUUGCUGAAACGACGUCAGGAUGGCAAUCUUAGUAACAAAGUCCAACACAAGCAAACUCGAGUUCUGACACUCUUCACCUUUGUAAAGAUGACAUGCAGGCGACACACCGCGGGCACCUCCGUGUGGAGAUAAUGACGUUCCUGAAAACAACCAUUGUGAUCGUGUUUGUUGUUGAUGAC